AUGGAGACGAGCAAGAUGGAGGCUGCCUUGACUGCAGGAUUUGGACAGUUUGACGACCCGCCCGAAACUUCCGGUGUGGCCCACCUUACGGAACACCUGCUGCUCUCCAGUCCGGGUCCAAACGGGACAGACGCCGACUCCCUCGAGUCAUGGUUGGAAGCGCAUGACGGAGACUCCAAUGGCUUUACUGCUUUUGACGAUGCUCUCUUUACUGUCUCGGCAAGCAUGGAGGAGUGGCGGUCCGCCCUGGUCCGCUUUGCACAUUGUUUCAGGCAAGCAGGAAGCCAGGAUUCUCGCUUCCAAGCUGGAGCUGUGAAACGCGAAGUGUUGCGAGUUGACGAUGAGCUGAAGGACGGGCCAUCUUCAGCAGUAAGGAACCUGCAACUUUUACGCCGCCGAGCGGUCUCCGACCAUCCCUUCCAACGUUUUGGCCCAGGCAGCUUGAGGACUUUGCUUCCCAGAGGUCAAGGGCAUCAGGACUUGGUAGAGCUAGGCAAGCUUUGCCAAACCUUCUUCGAAAACCAUGUCUCUGCCAAGUCAGCAACUCUUGCGGUGGUUGCAGCUGUGCCUUUGGCAGAGCUCGAAGAGGCCGUUUCCUCCGCCUUCCAAAGCAUUUCCGUCCAGCCUGGUCCCACUCGCAGUGUGGUUCCUGACCCCCUGCCGCGAGUUCAGAGAUCCACGGAGGUAUUGAUACCCCCAUGCUUCCUCGUGGAUGUCGCAGCGAAUCCAGCUGUUAGCUUGACCUGGAGCAUACCGUUUGCAGAUGCCUCGAAGGCAGUUUCUUUCCGUGCCUCGAAGCCUCAAGUUGUCUUGUCGCACUUGAUUGCCCACCAGGGUCCUGGAUCCCUUUCAGCUUGGUUGAGGAAGCAAGGCUGGGUCUCAGACAGUUUGGGUCCUAAAGUUUCUGCCCAAACGCGCUUCAUUACGGAGUCGUUUGCUCUGUGGGAGGUGAAGGUCCGGCUUUCACCCCGAGGCCUGGCUCACUGGCGCGAUGUGGUCGCUGCAGUGUUCGGCCUCCUUGCGGCUUUCAGAAAGCCAAGCCAAAGAGAAAACAGAGACAACAACCUCAGGAGCCGAGACAUCCGAGACCAAAGAGGCAGCGGAGAAGGAGGACGUCCUGAGGCCUUGCGAGAAGCGGCCGACGAGGUCUCGGCCUUGGCCGACGUGGCCUGGCGCUUUCCUCCCCGCCCUCCGCUUGCCCAGGAGCUGGCAUUGGACAUGCGAUCGGCCCCGCGUCCGGCGGCCUUUGUCAGUGCAUCUCGCCGCAUUUUCUCUGCAGAGGAGUGGGAUGCGAGCAGAUCCUGGACAAACAAAGAUGAGACGGAGAAGGCGGCUCGCUUCACAAGUGCUGCUGCUCGACAGCAGUCCUCAGAAGAAGCGAAGGGCAUGCUCGAGCGUCUCGUCCCUGAGCUCGCCCGAGUUACGGUCUUUAGCACCCCGGGAGCGGACAUCAGUGACAUCAGUGACAUCAGUGACAGCAGUGACAGCCGUGACAUCAGGCGCAUGCGAGAUGCAGAUCUGGGGCUCGAGUAUGGCGAGCUGAGCGUAUCUCCUUUGCUGCGUAAGAAGUGGAUGUCAGCUUCCGAAACUCCAGCCCCGUGGUGGCGAAGGCCCGCUUGGAAUCAGUAUCUGUCCAACGCUGAGAAGAUUCGAAGGCCUUCUUUGCUGGAGCCUGGCAGAUCUGACAUGGGGAAGCCGAAUUCGAAGGUGAAUGGUGUUUAUUGGUCUGACAGCUGUCGCCCAAUUCUAAUGCAACUGCCAGAUUUCCAAACAGCCCCAAGGUUGGUGUGGAAUGUGCCUGGCUGCAUCUACGUGUCAGGACAGUUCAACGAAUUGGUUGUUCCUCUAGGCGAGGAGCCACUUGUGACCUUGACUCUGUGGCUGCCUGCAGCUCGUGUUGCAGAGGCAUCUUUGAAGCAACGUGCUGCGGGGCGUGUGUGGUUGAAGUCGCUGCAGUCUGAGUUGGAGAGUCCAUUUUACGCCGCCGCGCUUGCAGGCUGCCGGUGGGAAGUUGCCUUCUUCACCAGUUCAGACAGUUCAGGCUCACAAGCAGGGAUGCGGCUCUGCUUUCAAGGGUACUGCGACAACCUCAUUGCCUUUGUGCCGGAUGCCAUCAGAUCCAUUGUGGCGCAUGUUGGCCCUUCCUCUGCCAGCCUGGAAUCCGUGCGAAGCCUCGCUGUUGCGGAGGUACCAAGGCGGAAGGAAGGUGAUGAGCUGGUUGCCUGCCUUAAACGACUGGAAAUCUCAGACAUUCAGGAUGAGGUCGAGGCCUUGUGGACGAGUGUGUCAGACUCCUUUGGAUCCUCCCAAGCCCUGGUUGCUGGAGCUCUGGAGCCAGACAAAGCCACCAAACUUGUCCGAGAUGCAGUCGGGCUUCUUCCGCUCCGUUUGCUUGGCCGAGAAAGACCUUUGAGCGAUUCAGGACGGUUGCCUCCAGCAGUUCUGAUGCGUCGGCCCUCCUGGCAAGGACCAGUUGCGCAGAGUUUGUGCUUGGCUUCCGGGCUACCCGAACUGCUGGACGUGUGUGGCCGCACUUGGCGAUGA